AUGAAGGAAAACAGAGCCGACACAGCCUCCUCCAUCGAUGGCUCAACGCCCGCAACGAGUAAUCGGGAGGUGUAUGAUGUUGUCGCUGGCGAUAAACAGUCAUUCCACCAAACAGCGAGUGACUUGGAACGCGGUGUGACUCCGGACGAAGAAAGAAAAACCAUCGAAAAAGCAGACGAAGAAGCUGUCGACCCUAAUAUUGUUGACUGGGACGGGCCCGAUGACCCUGAAAAUCCAUUGAAUUGGACGACAAAGAGGAAGGUGGUCGCCACGGUCUCAAUUGCUUUGAUUACAUUGCUCACACCUCUCGGUUCAUCAAUGUUUGCGCCUGGUGUCUCGGAAGUAGUUCAUGAUUUCAAUGUCAAGAGCGUUGAGCUCUCCUCAUUUGUUGUUUCCGUAUAUCUCGUUGGCUACUGCUUUGGUCCACUGCUGAUCGCGCCGGUGUCUGAGAUCUUGGGGCGCCGGAUCGUCUACAACUGUUGCAACUUCCUUUAUGUCGUCUUCACCAUUACAUGUGCCGUGGCGCCCGAUAUUGGUAGCCUGACCUUUUUCCGAUUCCUAGCAGGAUUUGCCGGAAGCUGUCCACUCACGAUCGGCGCUGGCUCCAUCGCAGACAUGUUCGUCCAGGAACAUCGAGGCGGGGCCAUGGCUGCAUGGGCGUUGGGUCCCCUGGUCGGCCCCGUCGUCGGACCGGUUGCUGGUGGUUAUCUUUCCCAGGCGAAGGGGUGGCGAUGGACCUUUUGGGUUUUGGCCAUGGCCAGUGGCUUCAUCUUUGUGCUUUCGCUGUUCACCAUCCGCGAGUCUUAUGCGCCUACGCUUCUGGCCGCCAAAACCAAGAAGCUCAGAAAAGAGACGGGGAACGAAAAUCUCCGCUCCGUCUACGACACGGGCCGUAAGCCCAUGGAUCUAUUCAUGUUUUCAAUCGUGCGACCUACGAAGAUGCUUUUCAUGUCGCCGAUCGUGUUCCUGCUCUCGCUCUACGUGGGUAUCAUCUACGGAUACUUGUACCUCCUCUUCACCACCAUCAGUGCCGUCUUCGAGGGCCAAUACGGAUGGUCCCAGGGCUCAGUCGGUCUGUCCUACCUCGGCAUCGGCAUUGGUUCCUUCAUCGGCCUGUUCAUUCUUGGUGCAACAUCCGAUCGGUUGCUCCAUUAUCUCGCCGAGAAGAAAGGCGGGAUGAAGCCCGAGUACCGACUGCCACCGAUGAUUCCGGGCUCGUUCUUCGUGCCCAUCUCUUUGUUCUUCUAUGGAUGGAGUGCGUACUAUAAGACCCACUGGAUUGUACCGAUCAUCGGAACCUCCUUCCUUGGAAUAGGCAUGCUCAUCAGCUUUAUGACCGUGAGCACAUAUCUCGUCGACGCUUUCACCACCUACGCUGCAUCCGCUAUGGCUGCCAACACUGUUUUCCGAUCUUUGGCGGGUGCAUUGCUCCCUCUUGCCGGUCCCAAGAUGUAUGAGCGUCUCGGGCUUGGUUGGGGAAAUUCCUUACUUGGCUUUAUCGCCUUGGCUAUGUGUCCGCUACCAGUGCUUUUCUAUCUGUACGGUGAGCGCAUACGAACGAGUAAGCGUUUCCAGGUAGACUUUUGA